GAGUCCUUCCUCCAAAGGGAGGAGCGUUUGAUCUGGAAAACGGCCCAGCGUCCUCCUCUUCUCACCGGCUUGGCGACUGCGGCGCGUUCCGGUGAGCUCUGGACGGAGAGGCUCUGGCAGUGGGCGUCCGCUAAACAAAUGGCUGAAUAGUGAUGUUUGACGACUAAGGAAAAUUGUCUGCUGCUUAAUGAUCGAUGUUGUGAACCAGUUACCCAGACACUCUAGUAUAUGAAGAGAAGUCGAGAUCAACCUCUUAACUUAAACUUCUCUGAAGUGAUCUUCUGAGCAAGAAAUGGAACGUUCUGGAAACUCUCAUUAUCAGAUUCACAGGAUCUGACUCAAAUGAGUGGUAACACAGGACACUUUGUCAUAUUGUGGAGGUAGUGUGUUUGUGGUCUUCUGUGCAUGGGGUGGAACAACUUAUAAGCAUAUGAUUGUUGGAAUUGGGUUGGCUCCGAAGUUCAUGCCAUUCUUCUCUCUGAGGUCGUCUUUCUAGGAACCCUUUCUGUCUUCACAAGAGGAAAACCAAAGAGACAAGAAUGCUGGCUGGGUUACCGAUACAUUCUUCUCAGCACUUAGUGACCUUCGAGGACGUGGCUGUGGACUUCACCCAGGAGGAGUGGACGUUGUUGGACCAAACGCAGAGAGCUCUCUACCGAGAUGUGAUGGUGGAGAAUUACCGGAAUCUCCUGUCCGUAGCAGGGUACAGAUCGUGCAAACCCGACCUCAGCUCUGGAUUGAAAGGGGCAGACGAGGUGAGGACAGGAGCCAGAGGAGUUCUGCAGGAAUUGGAUUUGCAACUCAAAACCAAAGGUUCCAUACCUCUUCAAGAUAUUUCUGUGGAAAAAAGAUCAAAUGGAAUACAAUUGGAGGGAAGCAAUUCUGGAGUGGAACAAUAUGGUUCUAACCUGUGUGGAAAAGUAUUUAGUGAACCCUCGUUUCUUAUGACUUACACUAGACCAAAAACUUCUAAGGAUAAUCAGAAUAGAAAAGCUUUCAAAAAGAACUUCAUUCAUACUUUGUUCAAGGAAAUCCAUGUUGGGGAGAAAACAUCUGAGUGUGUUCAACAUGAAAAAGCCUCCGGUCAGCUUUCAGAUCUUAGUGGGCACAAGAGAACUCAGAUACGAGGGAAACUCUGUGAACGCAAAGAUUGUCAGAGAACUUCUAUUGAUCAGUCAUCCCUUAAGGUACACAUGAGCCACCAUGCUGGUGAAAAACCAUAUGAAUGUAAAGAAUGUGGGAAAGCCUUCCCUCGUGCCUUGUACCUUGUAGAUCAUAGAAGAAUUCAUCGUGGGAGAAAGCCCUGUGUCUGUAUGCAAUGUGGGAAAGCCUUUACUCGAUCCACAGGACUUGUUGUACACAUACGAACCCACACUGGAGAAAAACCUUAUAAAUGUAAGGACUGUGGAAAAGCCUUUAUUCAUUCUUCGUACCUUACAAAACACGUAAGAAUUCACAGUGGAGAGAAGCCAUAUCUCUGUAAGGAGUGUGGGAAAAGUUUUACUCGUUCCUCAGGCCUUGUCUUACACAUGCGAACACACACUGGAGAAAAACCCUUUGUCUGUAAGGAAUGUGGGAAAGCCUUUAAUAAUUCUUCAAUGCUUAACCAACAUGUAAGGACGCAUACUGGAGAGAAGCCAUAUGAAUGCAAGCAAUGUGGGAAAGCUUUCACUCAGUCCUCAGGCCUUACUACACAUUUAAGAACACACACUGGAGAAAAGGCCUAUGAAUGUAAAGAAUGUGGGAAAACCUUCGCCCGUUCCGCAAACCUUAAUAUGCACAUGCGAACACACACUGGAGAAAAGCCGUAUAAAUGUCAAGAAUGUGGGAAAGACUUUAGAUAUUCCACAUGCCUUACUAUUCACAUGCGAACUCACACUGGAGAGAAACCAUACAGAUGUAAGGAAUGUGGGAAAACCUUCACUCAAUCUUCGGCACUUGCUAAACAUCUAAGAACUAAGGCAUGUGAAAAAACCUGCAAGUGUUCCUCAGGCCUUAGUAUUCAUAUCUAAGCUCAUCUGGAUAAAGACCCUACGAAAGUAAAGAAUGUGAGAAAGCUUUACUCAGUAUUCAUCCUUACAGGAUAUGUGGGAAUUUAGCCCGGGGCAGAAUUCUCAUUCGUAUAAGGUAUCCGGGAGAGCAGUAAUUGUUUGGAGCUUACAGAAUGUGUAAGAACUCACACUCGAGGAAGAAACCUUCUGGUUAUAAUGCAUGUGGGCAAGGCUUUUUGUUUUUCUUGUCCUAACAUUAGUUUUAUCUAUCUAAAAUUACUGCAAAAGCCAGGUGAACAUAAGAAUGAGAUACAGCCUUAAAAUAUUUCACAUGCUUUAACAGCACAUGAUAACUCACAUUGGGAAAAACCAUCUGUAUUUAGGGAAUGUGGUAAAAUCUCUACUUAGUGUUGAGGCCUUAAUAUCCAUAUAAGACAUCAUACUGGCACAAAAUCCUCUGAAUGCAAAGGGUACAGGAAGACCUAUACUUGCUUUUCCUAUCAUUUGAGAACUCACAGUGCAGAGAUGCUCUAUAUGUGUAAGAAAUAUGAGAAGGCCUUCAAAAAUUCCUGACAGCUUCGUGUGCAAGAAGACUCACAAAUGUAAGAAUUGUUAAAGAGUGUUCGGGUGUUAGAAAGUCACAACAUGCAGUGGAGAGAAACCUGAGGAAGGUAAGGUGUGUGGGAAAGCUUUCCCUCUGCCUCGUAUGUUACUGUUUUUUGGUAAGCUCACAGAGGCAAAAGUGUUAUGAAGGUUAGAAAUAUGGGAAUACCGUGUGUGUGUGUGUGUGUAUGUAUUUUGGCUUUCAACCUUUAGUAAAAGUGAUAGAUCACUCUGGAGAGAAAUUGUGAUUGUAGGGUCCGUGGGAAACAGUGUACCCAUUUUACACAUCUUACUCUACCUGUGAAAUGCCACCCUGGAAAGAAGCUGUAUGAGUGUAAAAAUGUUGGAAUGAUUUUUGGUAAGUACACAUCCCGUCAGAGACUUGUAAAAUACUCCCUGGAGGGAUAAACUAUGAAUGUGAGGAAUUGGGGAAAGCCUUCUGGAACUUUCUUCACUUAUUGUACCGAAGAGAAUCCAUACUGGAGGAGAAAUUGAAAUAAAUGACGCAAAAAUAAGAUUA